AUGGAGUUGUUUAUGUCGCUUCUGUCAUGGGCCUGCAUCGUGUUCACGGUCGGGAUGUUCUCGACUGGACUGACAGACUUGAAAAAAAUGAGGGCAACCAAAAGCACUGACAACAUCCAGUUCCUGCCCUUCCUCACCACUUGUCUUAAUAACCUAGGGUGGUUGUAUUACGGGAUCCUGAAGAGAGACCAAACUGUCAUAUUGGUGAAUGUCAUAGGGGCCGCACUGCAAACGCUGUACAUCACUGUGUUUAUCCACUACACCAAACAAAAGAAGCCGUUCCUCUCUCAAACACUGUUGGCCGGUGCAGUUUUGGCUGGAGGCUGGUUCUACUUCUCCACGUUUCUCCCGGAAGGAGAAACUCGUCUCAAUCAGCUCGGCCUGACGUGCAGCGCCAUCACUGUCAGCAUGUACCUGUCCCCACUCACAGACCUGGUAAACAUCGUGCGCAGUGGUAAUGUGCAGUGCCUGUCCUUUCCCUUGACUGUAGCCACAUUCUUCACCUCCACGUCCUGGGUGCUCUACGGGCACCAGGUCAGUGACCUCUACAUGGUGGUUCCCAACAUGCCGGGGAUCCUGACCAAUAGUGAGCGGGCCGCAGCGGUGGGAAAAGCCGGGACAGAGGUUCUCAUCCCGGGACCCUGUGUGUGUGAGGGGGGGUGCUUCCUGAGCUCAAAGAGACGGCCUCCUCGUACAAGCAGACUCAACAUAAGAGUUUUUACUGUAGGAAAAGCAAAGAGGCAUGGAUGGUUUUAA